AUGCCCCACCGCACUUUUCGCGUGUGGGAGGAAGAUGCCAAGGAUGCAGCGCACACCAAGUUCAACGUCGAAUCCGUGCAAACUGUGGUCGAUCGCACGCGCGCAUUACUGAUGGAGCUCAACGACAAGCACCACAACGCCACCAUUGUUCUUGUGGCACACGGAGACACGUUGCAGAUCUGUCAGACGUGGGUGCAACGCCUUCCGCUCACCACACAUCGCAACGUCGAGUACUUGGGCAACGCAGACCUCAGAAAGAUUGCGUCAGGCCCACCAUAG